GGAGCCGUGGUUGACAAUUGCCAUACCGGAAACAAGAGCUUUUAUUGUGACAGGUUUGGACCGGAAGUCAUGUUAAAGCAAACACUGGCGCACAAACCCUCAGCACUGCAGCACCCCGGUGUAUUGGAAAGUUUCAAGCCAUGGCUACAGACUCUUCCCUCCUCAACUCUGAGCUGGAGUUACAACAGCAAGAGGAGCUGUAUCAACAGCUGCUGUUACAGACUAUCGGAACAAUGCAGACGGAAAAUUCAGACUCCAAAGUAAUUCGGCCACUUCCUGGCAUAUGUGUAAAGACUCUUUCAGAGCCAAGCAAGCAGAAGAUCUUCGUCAACAUCUGUCAGUCACUCUCAGUCCCACAGCCUCCAGAACUGUCAAGAGAUGAGCUUGUGGAGCUGCUUCAGUCAGAGGAUCCCAGCAGUUACAGAGUUCCCAUGAGCCUGGGCGAGCCACACACUGAAAUGGACAACAAUUCCCAGGGUUGCACAGCGUAUGAUGUCGUCAUCAACCAAGACUUCUUCCAGAGAUGUCAGAAGGACCCUCUCUUCGAACAGUUUGUCAUUCUUGUGUCUUUAGAAGGUUUAGAGAACAAAUACAAUCUGGAACUAAGUAGAGACUGGAAGGUGCUGAAAAACAGAAAGUUCUUGGGUUCCGUCAGCGAGCAGAAUAUCCGGACGAAGAGCAGGCCGGUGAUCCAGGAGCUGCAGCCUCAGGAGAGCCUCACUGCUACAACCAAAAGACCAGAGUUCUCUUUGCUUGUGGAGCCUCCUGCUGGUGAUCCUGAAUACCUCAUCGCAGAGAUAAAGCUACCGGGGGUGCCAUCAUCUCGCUUUCUGGUUCUGGAUGUUGGUGAGGAUCGUCUGGUGGUGACAGCUCGACCGUCACUCUUUUUUCUUGACAUUUUCCAUCCGUUCUUUGUUGAUCAGGAGAAGAGCGUGGCACAGUACAACAACAGCACUCAGAUCCUCACAGUCACCAUGCCUGUGCUGUCUUCAUGAAACUACAGAAGUUAUAACAGAUUAUUUUUGUCUCUAUCAAACAUGAUGCUAAAUCAAUAAAAAUGUUUUUCUAUAAA